ACCCCAAGUUGCUCCUCAGGAGGGAGGGAUGAGUAACCCUCAAGUGGCCACUUUUGUUUAGGAAUUUAUGGCGAAGAUGAGACGCCAAGCAUCUUCUACUGCUAGUGUGCCACCUCCACCCUUAGUGGUUUCCACUACUACGACCCCUACUACUAUUUCUCCUGCUUUUAUAUCUUCAGCUUUUGCUGUGCCUAGUUGGAAGGUCUAUAUAGAAUUCCAGAAGGUGGUGACCAAGAAAUUUGAUGGUACCGUGGGUUUUGAGCAAGUGGGGUCAUGGAUUACUGAGGUGGAGAAGGGAUUCCGCCUACUGAAAAUUUCUGAUAACCUUAAGGUCGAUGUAGGCAGUUAUAUGCUUACGGGUGAAGCAUUGACUUGGUGGGAGAGUUACUUGAAGCUACACCAAGAAGAGCCUGAAUUGAGCACUUGGGAUGGUUUUAAAAAGGUGUUCAUGCGAGAACCUGAUAGUGAAAGGCGUGAACUGCAAAGGGAAUUUGCAGAUCUUAAACAAGGUUUACGUACUGUUGAACAAUACAAGGAGUUUGACCGCUAUCUACCCUCUGUGGGGGGCACAAAAACAGAAUACCGGGUUUCGGACAAGAGCCCAACAGGUGAGAGUACACGCGAUGAUUCACAAGGAAGCCGUGGCUACCGACCUCAAUCUUAUGCUUUGAAACGAGCCUUACCUAUUGAUACCUCCGAUUUUGAACUACAUGUGAACACCCCUUUAGGAAGGGUGAUGACUACUGGAGAUGUGUGUAGGACUGUAGAUAUUUAUAUUGAUGGUUCCUUAGUUUUUGUCACUGAUGCUAGUAGUGUGAUGUUGAGACUAGAAGACAUCCUUGUGGCGUGUGAGUUGCCGGAUGUAUUUCCAGAGGGUGCCCAAGUGUUUUCUAAGAUUGAUCUCCGAUCUGACUACCAUCAGUUGAAGAUUAAACCUGAUGAUGUGCCAAAAACUGCCUUCUGUACCCGUUAUGAUCACAAUGAAUUCCUGGUUAUGCCUUUUGGCUUAACAAAUGCCCCUACAAGAUUUAUGGAUUUGAUGAAUCGAGUAUUUAGCAAGUACCUAGAUAAGUGUGAAUUUUGGCUAGAUAAUGUUGCAUUCUUAGGUCACGUUAUGACUAAGGAUGGAAUCUCCGUUGACCCACAAAAGAUUAAGGCCGUGGUGGAUUGGAAAAGGCCGAAUAGUGUUGUGAAAAUCCGUAGUUUUCUGGGAUUGGUUGGUUAUUACCGCCGAUUUGUGAAGGAUUUCUUUAGAAUUGCUCUGCCAAUGACCCGUCUGAUCAGGAAGGACACCAAAUUUGAGUGGACUCUAGAGUGUGAGAAGAGCUUUUUGACCCUUAAAGAGAAACUGGUCACUGCUCCUAAAGAUAAGGUUAUUGCAUAUGCUUCACGGCAGUUGAAGCCUUAUAAAGAAAAUUACCCUACCCAUGAUCUGGAGUUGGCAGUUGUGAUAUUUGCACUCAAGAUCUGGAGGCAUUAUCUAUACGGCGAGACUUGUGAAAUUUUCACCAAUCACAAGAGUCUCAAGUAUAUUUUCACUCAAAAGGAGCUUAACAUGAGGCAAAGGCGAUGGCUUGAACUUUUGAAAGAUUAUGACUUGACCAUUAGCUACCAUCCAGGCAAAGCCAACAAAGUAGCAGAUGCAUUGAGUAGCAAGUCCUCUAGCACUGCCUUUAGCAUCCUUGCCACCCAAAAGGAGUUACUUAAGGAUCUUGUGAAACUGGAUGUGGAGUUAAGAGUGGACAAUACUAUAGCUUAUCUAGCUACUCUUAGUGCACAACCGGCAUUAAUUGAUAGAAUUAAGGAUGCCCAACAAAAAGAUCCUUUCUUGCAAAGGCUGUGUGUACCAAGAGAUCAUGCUUUAAGGUGUGAGAUUAUAGGAAAUACCCAUAAUACUAGUUACACAGUUCACCCAGUCAAGGCUGAACACCAAAGACUUCUUGGGAAACCGCAGCCGUUACCUAUUCCCCAAUGGAAGUGGGAGAAUAUCACCAUGGACUUUGUGAUGGGUUUACUACAAACCUUAAAGGGAAAUGAUUCCAUAUGGGUUAUCGUUGAUCGAUUGACCAAGUCAGCACAUUUCUUACCUUACCGAACUGGUGCAUUUAUUGAAAAGCUUGCUAAUAUGUACAUGAAUGAGAUAGUCAGGUUUGGCAUCCGAGGAAAAUUGAGUCUGAGGUAUAUUGGACCAUAUCCUAUCCUAGAAAGGGUUAGCGAAGUAGCUUACCGAUUGGAGUUGCCUAGAAAUUUAGCGGGUGUUCAUGAUGUGUUCCAUGUGUCUUUACUUCGAAAGUAUAUUCCCGACCCGAGCCACAUCAUUGAUCUCGAACCCAUUCAGCUUCAAGAAGAUUUCACUUAUGAUGAUUACUCGAUUUGUAUUUUAAAUUUCAAAGGGAGGGUAAUGCGGAGAAGGACCAUUCGUUUUGUUAAGGUCCUCUGAGAUAACCAUUCGGUUGAAGAAGCUACUUGGGAGCUGGAAUCCAAGAUGAGGCAGGAACAUCCACACCUCUUCCAAGAUUGAGGUACGAGUUUUGAGGACUAAACUCCUUUUUAGGAG